AUGCCGGCGCUGUGCGUGACGCUGAUCAGCGGCAAGAGCGUGGUGGAGCUUGAUGACUUCGAAGGCCCCGGCUGUGACUUGCGGGUGCUCGUCGCCUAUGAGUUGCGGGUCUCGCCUGAGCGGGUGAAGCUCUUGGCAGGCAGCAGGGAAAUCACGAAUGAGGAGAGCCUCAACAACGAGGUGGGCCAAGUCACAGCCAUGGUGGCAGAGGGGCAAGAGCUGCCGGGGUGGUGCCAGGAGAAACUGCUCGGCUUCUUCUCCUUUGUGGAGGCUCCAGGAGUCGGCCCGCUUCCCGAAGGGUCGGAAGAGAUCGACGCCCAGAUGAUGGGCCACGUGCUGAUGCUGGCGAUGCAGCGCUUCGGCAGGAGGACGCGGCACAGGUACGUCAGCUCCCUUCUUGCAAUGGGCGUGUACGUGGACGAUGUCCGGGGCUUCCUGACCAGCAUGUUCAAGCCAGACACGUUCAACGAGCACUGGGCACGGAGCAAGCUGCGCAACAAACAGGAUCUCUCGAAAUGGAGGGCGCUCCACUGGAAGAUCAAGGCAGAGCAAGACCGGCUGAAAGAAGCCAUCAAUGCCUUCCUGGCGUUGGAUGUACGCCUCAGCAUCUAUGGUUGGGGUGCAACCCGUUGCUACAGCCGCUGGGAAACGCACGACGCGGGCGGCAAGACUUCCCGCCACCGAGUCUAUGGACUGCGCCUCAACCACAACGCGGUCGAGUUCGACAAAGUGCUGGGCCUGUGGUUGGAGCCGGAGGGCAUUCUGGACAGGCAGGCUGCAACCUUCAUCCGCGCUACCUGGUCGGGGUACUAUGCACGGUCGAGGCGUCUGGGAAGGGAAGAUGGGAACGAUCUCCGACGAGAAGUUUCUGUCGAGGAGGUGGUGGCCCGCUUUCAGACGCUUCUUCACCUCCUGGCCGCAUCACAGAUGGGUCGGGAAGACGCUGCGUGGCUCAGGCCCCAUGUGGAAAAGGCCAUGGCCGCCAUGAUGGAGGGAAUCCGCAAAGAGACCACGCUCCUCGCAGCGACGGCGUACAACCCCACACAGAAGGAUCAGGAUGAGGCGUGCAUGACGAUCCUGAGGAACGUCGCCAAAGCCAUGCUGGAUGCGUCGGUGCAUAUGCAGAAUCUCAGGGAGCAGGCCUUCGAAAACCUUCUGUGGAUGGCCGCGCACCGCAACGACGCCGUGAGAAUUGGUGGCAUGAAGCUCCUCAACGAACUCUUCCCGACGGAGGAGAGGACCACCCAGCUGAUGGAGAUGCCUGGGACGGACUGGCCACACAUGCACAUGCACUCCAAGUCGCAAGCUGCGAGUCCAAGCAGCGACCACUCCACGCCUCCCAUCUCCGAGAUCCCGAGCAGCCUUCCCUCCCCUCGUCGCCUGGUGGAGAAGAGUCGAGGUUUCCUUGGCAAUCCCGUGGCACUUCGUCAGGAGGAGGAUGAUGUGCCAAUAGCCGGGCGGCACAUCCUUUUCGAGCAUUACCGCAUCGGCCCGGACGAGUGGUGA